AACCAGGGAAUGGAAAAGGAUAGGAAUGACAGAUUUCCACAGCUUUCUAGCAAUUAUGUUCAACAUGAGCAUAAUAAAGAAACCUUCCAUGGAGGAAUACUGGAAUACUACAAUGAUCAGCCAACGAUCAAACUGGUUCAAACACACAAUGGGUAGAAACCGAUUUCAGAAUAUUCUGAAGUUUCUCCACAUCAACGAUUGCAGACAUGUUGCCGAGAGAAAUCAUCCUGGGUAUGAUCCAUCUGUCAGAUUUCGACCUUUAUUGCACUUCGUCAAUCGACAAUUCAUGCGCUUCAAGGUUCCAAACAGGGAGUUAUGCGUGGACGAGUCUCUUGUACCAACAAAGGGACACAGCGUUCUUCGACAGUACAUCCCAUCAAAGGUCGCGAGGUAUGGGGUCAAGUUUUGGGUACUGUGUGAGUCCUCUACAGGUUACGUGCUUCAGAUGCAAGUUUACAGGGGACGUGAAUUCGACCCAGUUCCACCAGGACAACUCCAAGGAACAAACGUAGUUGUAGAGCUCCUACAAGGAUCGUCACUUCUUCAUAAAGGCUAUCACGUAUUUUGUGAUAGUUUCUUCACGUCCUUGAAUCUUGGACACAGACUUCUCCAACUUAACACAUACUUGACCGGUACGUAUACACUAUAAAGCCUUAUUUUGGUAUUUUUUUCUUGUGCAUGCACCCAUUCUCUGGAACUACACAAUCGAGUACGUAAAUUGUCAAACGUUUCAAGGUAUGGAUGAUCCUUAUAAAGCCAAAACAUUUCUAAGGGAUGCCGGGAGGAACAAAUUUUGGGAGUAUAUGUAUAUUUCAAAUUAAAGUGGAAUAGUGUGAAUGUGGUGUAAUAUGUUUCUAAAGUUGGA